UUGAAAGUGCACCGAAUACUCGAAAAUGGCGCCAAAGGCUCGUUCGGAUCCUAACGGAAUAUUCUCCGGAAUGGUCGUCUUCCUCGUUGAUAACGGCGUUCAACGACGUCGUUUACAGAUAUGGCAGCAAAAACUAGUACAGUUGGGAGCAAUCAUAGAAGAAGAAAAUUUGACCCGAAAUGUCACUCAUAUAUUCGCACUUAAUUCGGACUCACUUGAACAAAAAUUUGGCCCUAACUUAUUACGCCGAUUCAAAGGGGUCAUUCUUCUUUAUCAAUGGUUAGAGGACAGUUUGAGGCUAGGAGAGAAAGUUAGCGAUGAAUCAUACACAAUCCAGUUGGAUUCAUGUCAAAAUUCCCACAGUAACUCCUCUAAAGAGAACCCUGUUGAAUCUGCUGAUGUAAAAGAAUCAAAUGCAAGUCAGUUACACCCUUGUAAAAAGCUGAAGUCCUCACCCAAAAACUCAGAAGGUUCCUGCUCAGAAAUAAAAGAUAAGUCAUUUAAUGACUCAGUCGAUGGUGCUUCACGCAUUGUUUCUAGCUUUAAAGAUAAUUCAAACCUUGGGAGGUCUCCAAGCAUUAGCCAAGUCAACCCUCCUGCUCAACAGAGCUCUGUCAGUGCACCAGAUGCUACCUUGCCAUAUCACCCUCCCGACUUAAAUAGAAAUAUCACCGAAAUAUUCAGCAAGCUUAUCAAUAUUUAUAGAGCUUUGGGUGAGGAUCGACGGUCCUUCAGUUAUUACAAGGCCAUUCCAGUUAUUGAAAGGUUGCCAUUUAAAGUUGAAAGUGUGGAUCAAGUCAAAGACUUGCCUGGUAUCGGGAAAUCAAUGCAGGAUCAUAUACAUGAGAUUGUGACGACUGGGAAAUUGUCCAAGUUGGAACACUUCGAGAGUGACGAAAAGGUACGUACAAUUAGCUUGUUUGGGGAAGUAUGGGGCAUUGGUCCAGCAACCGCAUUGAAACUGUAUGAAAAAGGACACAGGAGUCUGGAUGAUCUAAAAAGUGAUGAUACAUUGACGACUUCACAACGAUUGGGGUUGAAAUAUUUUGAUGAUAUUAGAACAAGGAUACCACGUAAUGAGGUGCAAGAGAUGGAUCACUUGCUACAGAAAGCUGCACAAGAUGUUUUACCUGGAGUAAGUGUUGUGUGUGGGGGAUCAUACAGACGUGGAAAGGCUACUUGUGGGGAUCUGGAUAUUAUAGUUACACAUCCUGAUGGAAAAAGUCAUAUAGGUUUUCUACCAAAGUAUGUUAAUCAUUUGAAAGAUAUGAACUUUUUAAGAGAGGAUCUGGUCUUCAGUAUUCACAGUGAGCAGGAUACUGACUCUGGGAUUGAUACAUACUUUGGUCUUUGCACAUAUCCUGGUCAGGAGCUUCGACAUCGUAUUGAUUUGAAGGUAUACCCAAAGGAUAUAUAUCCUUUUGGGCUAAUACAUUGGACGGGGAAUGAUGUGGUGAACAGAAGACUGAGAAUACUUGCAGAAUCCAAAGGGUUCCGACUGGAUGACAAUGGACUGUUCCCUGCAACUCAUGGUUCCGGAGGAAAAAGGGUCAGCGCCAGUACAAGCUUGAAGUUCAACUCUGAAAAGGAAGUGUUUGAAUUUCUUGGAUUUCCCUGGCUCGAACCACAUGAACGGAAUAUUUGACUUGUGACAACCUGUUGCAAACUUACUGUUAAUAUUGUACGUAGGGGACUGUUUGUAAGUUAAGGUUGUUUUUUAAAGACAAACUUUGCAGGCCAUAGGUUGUUUAGCUUAAUCUCAUACUUGGCGUUUUUGUUGUUUAAUAUAUGUACCAUAGGUUGUUUGAAUGAGUAACUUCCUUGUUUUAACUA